AUGACUAGCUCCAAAGAAGACACAGCCCUUAACCGGCACACGCAGUGGCCGGUUACUAUCUUCCAUCAAAACAACCCGGCUACCGUUCCUCUACCAGCCGUUCCUCCACCAGCCGUUCCUCCACCAACCAUUCCUCCACCAACCAUUCCUCCACCAACCAUUCCUCCACCAUCUAUUCCGGAAGAAGAGGAGAGCCCAAUUGCAGAGGAUGAUGAUGCAUGGGAAACCGUUGAUGUUCACGAGGCAGCCACAGUUCCCAAACCCAAUGCCCAACUUGCUAGCGGUACUAGUACUCUACACACUGGAUUCAGAGAGAAAUACAAGCUGUUCGUGCAACUUAGUCAUGGUGGGGAUUUGACCCUCGCCCACCGCCAUAAUUCAACCGAUUACCUGCACCCGAACCUUGUCGGGGUCUUGCGUCAAUCAGACGCGAAGUAUAAUGAGAAGCUAAUGCUCAAACUCCUCCACAACCAUCACGAAAAUACAACAAGACUAAUCGAAGUAUUUCACGAGGAUGUCUUUUUCUAUCUAGUAGUUGAGGUUUUGGACAUUUCAUUAAUGGAAAUAAUCAGUUCUCCGGCCAAGAUCAAAGAACCAGAGGCAGCUUUAAUAGUUUGCGAAGUCGUAAAAGCAAUAAAAUUCUUGGCUAACCUUGGUAUUGAACAUACUCAGGUACAGGCCAGUAGCAUAUUACUAGGGCGGAAUGGGUGUAUUAAACUCGGAGCGAUUCACCGAUGUCAGCUGGCAAAAGGACAGUCGCUUGGUGUGCUCGGAAAGCUCGUAUACCACAUGCUUCAAAGGUCAGAAUUCAGAGAUUCAGUUAUCCGCAUCGCGGAUCUUUCAUUGGUUUCAUGGAGUGGCGCUGUGAAACAUUUCAUUGUGAAUUCCUUCUGGGCAAAAAGCCUGGAAGUACAAACGGAACCAUUUCUUCAGAUGGCAGUAAGAACCUCUUCCGUUGCUCAGCUAGCUAUUGUGGGAAUUCUCAGCGCGCGGAGGGAAUGGUCAUUUUGGGAAGGAUAG